CGCCUCCAAGUCCUCGAGACUCUCCACCGACAUGAACAUCCUUCAGCUCUUCGCAUCGGCCGCAGCAGCUCUUACUGUCGCGCAUGCCGAUGUGAUUUCACACGAUGCAGUCAUCCCGUUCGCCCAACCCACAACCACCACUACAACAGAGCAGAAGGCUGGUAUCAAGUUCAAGCCCCAGAUCCACAUCUCGAACGGCUGCCACCCGUACCCUGCAGUGGAUGCAGACGGCAACACCAGCGGCGGUCUAAACCCUACGGGAUCCUCCAGUGCAGGGUGCAAAGGUUCCGGAUACGGCAGUCAGAUCUACGGCCGAGUCGCCACGUACAACGGCGUGUUCGCCAUCAUGUACUCGUGGUAUUUCCCUAAGGACUCACCGCUCACGGGGCUGGGGCACCGUCACGACUGGGAGCACGUGGUCGUCUGGGUCGACGAUAUCAAGCUCAACAGUCCGUCGGUCAUUGCCGUGUCACCGUCUGCUCACAGUGGCUACAACAUCUACCAUCCGCCCGAAUCCAACACGAUCGACGGCUACAGUACCAAAGUGGACUAUUCGUCCAGCUGGCUAGUCAUCAACCACGCGUUGGACAGCACGACGGAUGCUGGAGAAACCCAAAAUCUGAUCAUGUGGGACCAACUCACGGAUGCAGCACGAACGGCGCUGGAGAAUACCGACUUCGGCGACGCAAACGUCCCCAUGAAGGAUGGCAACUUCCUCACGAAGGUUGGCAAUGCCUACUACGCCUAGUAAAUGACGGACAUUUAUUUGGUUUAGUUUUUUUUAGUGAUCGAACCAGUGAUUUAUCGUUAAAAAGCUAUGAAUUGAGUGCUAGCAUGUCCCCUUUU